UCUCGUAAGUAAACUGUUUUGUGCUUAAUCUCACUAAAAUAGGUAAGGAUCAAGUAUUUCUGAAUAAAUUCCUGCAUCCACAUAGCCGCAUACUGGAUGGGGGGAUAGAACAGCUCCCUGGUCCACCCAAUCUGCAGUCAAAAAGCCAAUAAACACACAAUGGGAAGAGUCGAACCUCAGAGAAAAGAACUGGAUUCCCCAGACUUUGUGGCAGAACAAACAGUAACACAUUUAUUUUUGCUUUCAUCCUAAUGCAAGAAUGCCAGCAUUCUCAGAUAACCCCGAGGGUUGUGGCUGCUGUUUUCAUCUCACUUCUUGCUGCUUGUUUUAUUGCAAGUUGUUUGGUGACUCAUCACAGCUUUCCACGCUGUAGGAGAGGAACAAAAAUGUUUAAGUUGCCAGAGUACCACAGGAAGUUGACAUGCAUCUGGGAGGCAUCAGGACAGAAAGCGGGUACCUGGAAUUGCUGUCCUGCUGGCUGGAGAGCCUUCCAGUCCCACUGCUAUUUCCCUUUGAACGACAACAAGACCUGGGCAGAGAGUGAAAGGAACUGCUCAGGGAUGGGGGCCCACCUGGCCAGCAUCGUCUCGGAAGCAGAGCAGAACUUCACAACUAAAAUUCUGAAUAAGGUGUUUUCAUAUUUCAUUGGACUUAAAAGUGAAAACGUGAGAGGUCAGUGGCGCUGGAUAGAUGAGACACCAUUUAACCCACAUAAGGCACUUUGGCAUGAGAAUAAACUCAACAGUAUUCAGAGAGAAGAUUGUGCUGUCCUUGUUAAUGACCGAGACAUAUGGGGCUGGAAUGAUUUUCCUUGUAAUUUGAAGACAAGUAGGAUUUGUAAGAUCCCCGGUGAAAUACUCAUGUAGAAUCUACAAAGUGGCUUUCCUGAUGGAGACAGAAAAGAACUAAUGGGAUGACGCCAUGUACAUCCGUCAUUGAUACAGAGAAAAGGUGCUCUGUCAUGGGGUAUUCUCAGUCAUAUGGUUUUACCUAUUUUUGUUCAAUUCGUUCAAGGUGGUGCCAAGGAGUGUUGAAGAUAAUGUAGUUUUGAAUGAGGAUUUGAUAGAAGGAAUGUUCUAUGUGAACCAGUUUUCCUUAUCUUUGCUGUCUUGAUAGUAUGGCAGCGUAUUUACUUUUCACUUUGCAUUGAUUUCAUAUGAAACAGAAUGGCUGGAAAAAAUGCUAUCAUUUUAUCAUUUUUCUCAUGCUCAAAUUCUUAAUUCUGAAAAUAUAAGAGUAGGAUAUU